AUGGCGCCUAUCAACAAAGAAUCAUCAAGAUAUGGAAUUGACUUUCCAAAUUUUGAUCAAAACCGCAAACACAACGAUGGUACUGAAACUGAUCCUUCAAAAUCCAUUACCUGUCUCAGCUGGGCACUCAUCGUCAAAAUAAUAGUCAUAAUAAUCUUCCUCAUCAUACGUUUUGUUCAUCCCUCAAAACCAGAAUUCAUCAUUCAAGACGCAACCAUUUUCACCUUCAACCUUUGCACGGGGGAGCCGCCAUCGUCGACGACCCUCCUCUCCUCCACUCUACAAAUCACCAUCGCCUCCAAAAACCAAAACGGUCUUUCGGCGGAUAUCUAUUACCACGAGCUGAGUAUCUAUGGAGAAUACAAGAAUCAACGAGUCACUUACGAAACAGACAUUCCACGUUCAUAUCAGAAAAAUAUGGAGGAUAAUGUUUGGUCUUUGUUUAUCAACGCUACCAACGUACCUAUUUCUCCGUUCAACGUACCUUUUCUUAAACAGGAUCAGUUAAACGGGAUUAUUAAUCUUACUAUUAAGCUUGAUGGUAAUGGUAAAUUCGCUACUAACGAUGCUAUUAAUGGAGACUUUCUCUUUCCCUCCGUCAAGUACAUCCUCUUUAAGCGAUGCAGUGUCGUCACCGUUUAA